GAGUCAUUCCUUAAUUUCCUUUGUUUAAAGGCCAUACGGUCAGCUGUAAGAAAUUGAGGCUGGUCUAAGAGUGAGGUCUCAGAUGUGGGCCUUAAAGUUGAAAUUAAGGCUUCCCAUGUUCACAUAGGACUGUGGCCCAACACAGUGUUUACGUUAUGUUUCAGUAAUAAUGGCUCGCUGGUCAUGUUCUGAGUCUCUGGAAAGCGCCUAAAGACAACUUAUAUUGUAAUAGACAUAUGCUAUAUAAAUAAAAUUGAAUUGAAUUAAAUUAAACAGGAAACAAAGUAGUUCAAGAUAGAGCUGAGAUGCAGAUGUGGUUCUUCAUUUAGAUGCCAAUAAAUAAGACUAACUAAUGUGUUGGUGUUUAAGUGGUGCAGAGCUGGUAAAGACAACCACUUCUGGGCCACACAAGUAACUCCUGACUAACCGCUCCCAGAGCAUAAGAUAAAACAACAAGCCAUUGAGGUUGGGCAAUGGUAUAUCUGUAACAUAUUUACAGAGAUGAUAAAACCCAACCAAUGCCUUCUGACAACUUUGUACUACCCUAUCACCUGAGCUUUAAGUAACAUAUAAUCACAGAGGCAAAGUUAUGUUCAACAUUUACACUGAAGAGACAAGCACCUUUCACACUCAGGAAAAUAUUAUUUUUUCAUUCAAAUAACAUUGGAAGCCAAACAAAAGAAUAAGAAUGAGCUGGUCCUGGAUCAGCUUCUGUUGGCUCUGUGCAACAGCGGCUUAUGGAGGGAAAGUGCUUGUAUUCCCACUUGAUGGGAGCCACUGGAUCAACAUGAAAGUCAUUAUUGAGGAGCUCCAUUCAAGAGGCCAUCAGGUGACUGUUAUAAGACAUAAUGAUAGCUGGUACAUCAAGGAAACCUCCCCGCUCUAUACUUCAGUCACACUGGAUAUGGAGUCUGGAUUUGAUGAAGACUCUAUGGGUGCUUUUGUAGCCCAUUUGCUAGAAGUCCAACAGGGAGGACAUUCUUCUUGGUCAUAUCUUAAAAUGGAAAUCCAACUUGCAGGAGCGAUCAAUGACUUCAACAUAAAAAUGAGUCAAGCUCUUGAAAAGAUCUUUCAAACCCUGGCACAGCCAUUAUUACAAGCCAAAUAUGAUCUUAUGCUGACAGACCCUGCUGUACCAGGAGGUGUCCUACUUGCUCACUACCUCAAAUUGCCACUUGUUUUUAAUGUCAGGUGGACUACUCAGGGUGAAGGCCAUUUGUCAAUUGCACCUUCACCUUUAUCUUAUAUUCCAAUAAUGGGGACGGAGCUAUCUGAUAAAAUGACCUUCUUCCAAAGAGUCGUUAAUGUGUUGAUUUUUGCCUUUGGUAAAUACCAGUUUGCACAGAAUGUCGCACCACAUUAUACAGUAUUACUCGAAAAAUAUUUUGGUCCAGAUGCAGACUACUCGUCCAUGUUUCAAGCUGCAGAUCUGUGGCUCAUGAGAGUGGACUUUGUGUUUGAGUUUCCUCGUCCAACAAUGCCGAAUGUAGUCUACAUGGGAGGGUUCCAGUGCAAACCUGCUAAACCACUUCCUGCACAUUUGGAGGAGUUUGUGCAGAGUUCUGGAGAGCAUGGAGUCGUAAUCAUGUCCCUGGGAACCUUGAUUGCAGAUCUACCUUUUGACUUAGCUGAUUCAAUUGCUGCAGCUUUUGCUAAACUACCCCAAAAGGUCAUCUGGAGGUACAAAGGCAAGAGACCUGCCACUAUGGGCAACAACACCCUGCUGGUGGACUGGAUGCCACAGAAUGACCUUUUAGGUCAUCCAAAAGUAAAACUAUUUGUGGCUCACGGAGGAACUAACGGAGUCCAAGAAGCCCUGUAUCACGGAGUUCCUAUACUUGGACUUCCAUUGAUUUUUGACCAGCGUGACAAUCUACUUCGAAUUGAAGUCAGAGGAGCAGGGAAAAAUAUUGACAUUUUUUCUAUGAACGAAGACAUAUUCUUGAAGGGGCUUCAGGAAGUCCUGAACGAUCCCUCCUACAGGAUGAACAUGCAGAGACUCUCCAGCCUGCACAGAGAUCAGCCAAUGAAGCCGCUGGACACCGCCCUCUUCUGGAUAGAGUUCGUCAUGAGACACAAAGGUGCUGCUCACCUGAGAACCGAGUCCUACAGACUGCCCUGGUACUCCUACUACUCUGUAGAUGUGAUCAGCUUUUUAGUGGGAGUUGUGCUGCUUGUUUUGUGUACAUUUGCUGGCUUACUUAAAUGCCUCUGCUCAAUGUGUCUGAGAAAAAAGAGGAAAGGUGAUUAAAUGAAAGGUAACUCACCACCAAACUGUUAUAUAAAGCAUAACUUUGCUUGCUAUGUAAUUCUUAUAUAUUGGAAAGACCACACCUGGUUUUAUUAAAAGUUACUCAGUUCUUUAUAUUUUUCUUUCUUUUUUUUGAUCAAAGAAAAACUUAUAUAAGAAGGAAUUGUUCCAUUCAAUCAAGUGUAUUUCACACAGCUGUUAUUGACAUAGUUCUCACCAUGUUUAUUCAAUCUGCUUUGUAUUCCUCUGACUGCCUGUAGUACCCACUC